AUGAAUGUCAAGGGUUAUAGAAUUUAUGAUCCAGUGAAGAAUAUUGUAACAACCAGUAUAGACGUUGUGAUCACAGAGAAGCCAAAGAAGAAUGAGAUAGCCACCAUACCUACAGGGACCACAGAUUCAGUGGGGGAUUUGAAGAAGGAAUCUGAGGUUGAAUUUGAGCAGUCUGAACAGUCAAGCUCUAGUGACUCAGAAUACCUGGAUGGCCAGGAUGGCGAAGAUGAAAACUGGCAAGCAGGAAGUAUCAGAGACAGAGAAGGAAGAAGCUACAUAGUUGGUGAAGAAGAAGAAGCUCCGUCAGUAUCAGAUAUACCAGAGUCACCACAGAUUGUAGAUAGAGAAAAGAGACGAAGGAGAGGCCCUUCUAGAUAUGGUAUUGUCAAUAUGUGUUACUACUUCCAUAGCAGAGGAUGA